UGACAGCCAGUGCCUGACGUGCGACAUGCCCGGUGUGUGUACAUCCUGCCGCGACCCAGCCAAGGUGCUGCUGUUCGGAGAGUGCCAGUAUGACAGCUGCGCCCAUCAGUACUACCUCAACACCAGCACCCGGGCCUGCAGAGAGUGCGACUGGAGCUGCAACGCCUGUAAAGGUCCUCUGAGGACAGACUGCCUGCUGUGCAUGGAGGGACAUGUGCUGCAGGAUGGACUGUGCACCCAGGGGUGCUCCACUGGCUUCUAUCGAGACGGGGACAAAUGCCUCGGCUGUGAUGAUCACUGCACUGAGUGUCAGGGUCCAGGACAGUGCCAUAUGUGCCAGCCUCCCUACGCCACCCUGCAGGGUCAGUGUGUGCUGGAAUGUGGCCGGAACUACUUCCUGGAAGCCUCCUCGCAGAUUUGCAAACCUUGCUCGUCCGACUGUGUGCUGUGUGACGGGGUUGGACGCUGCAGUGCGUGUCGUGACCAAACCUUCCUCAUGGAAGGAUACUGCACGCCCAACUGUGGACACGGAUUCUACGCAGACCAAAAGACCAGGACCUGCCACGGUAACACCCACCCCCCUGCCCUCCAGGUGAACGGCUCCCUGCUGGUUCCCCUCAGUGGGAUUUCCCCGCUGGCCCCCAGCCUGCUGCAGGUGAGGGACCCCGACAGUCCGCCUGAGCGGCUUGUCUUCCAGCUCGUUCAGAUCCCGAGUAACGGAGAGCUGGUCCUGUUCAGAGGGGAGGAAGGAGAGGGGAAGGAAGGCCGAGACCUAACCAGGGACGACACCUUCACCUGGGCGGAGCUGAGGACGGGCCGGGUCCGCUUCAGGCACCAAAGAGAAAAAGCUAGGACCGGGGAGUUCACCUUGCGUGUCGCGGACCCUGAACUGUUCUCUCAGCCCGAAAUAAUCCAAGUUCAAGCCGUGUCAAUGCAGCCCCCAGUGGUUGCGACUCUCACUCCUUUACCCGUGGAGAGCCGUGGAGCCAUGGCAACCAUCACCAAGUCUGUCCUACAGGUCGACGACCCCGACAACCCAGCCGAUGUUUUGGUCAUGGUCCUUGAACCGCCCCGUCACGGCCGGCUGACACGUCUACACGGCGACCGGACGCUCAGCAGAUUCAAGCUGGAGGAAUUGUCACGGGAACAGAUCCAGUACAUCCACGACGGCUCCGAGGGGGCGGAGGACGGGAUGGUGCUGCAGGUCAACGAUGGACACAGCUACAGGAAUAUUCUCCUCCAAGUCCACAUCAAUCAGAAGGCUGCUGACGCUCCACAAGUGAUGUCCGUGCCAAUGACCUGGGUAAAGGAAGGAGGCAUGGUGCGCCUGGAUAAAAAAUACCUGCAGACUGACUACAAGGGAGUCAGCAGCGAAGACAUCGUGUACACCAUCGUCGUCUCAGACGGACAGCCUAAAUAUGGUGAGGUGGUGUUGGUAUCCAUGCCAGCUGAUGGCCCCUCAGAAGGCUGGCGCCCGUUGCUAAGCGAUGACCGAGGCUUCACGGCCACCACCUCCUUCACUCAGCAGGAUGUAAACGAUGGCACAGUCUGGUACCGCCACUUCGGCAGUGAUUCAAAUAGCGACUCCUUCCUGUUCCAGGUUUCCACAGAGGCAUCCCAGGUUAUUCAGAGCGAUGCUCAGACCUUUACCAUAGGAGUCCUGCCUCAGAGCCCAGGAUUCCCCCAGCUGGCCCCUGACUGCGAUCUACAGGUCACGGCGCUGGAGGAUCGGGUAACAGAGAUAACGCCUUCAGCUCUGUCCUUCGUGGACUCUGAGACUCCCAGCGAGAAGCUCAUCUACAACAUCACCAAACCCUUGCCACAAGGACAAGGUGCGAUCGAGCAUGUGGACAGGCCGAACACACCGGUGACACAUUUCACUCAGGCGGACGUCAACGAUGGCAAGAUCCUCUACAGACCCCCUCCGGCCCCUUCACACCUGCAGGAGCUCUACCAGUACUCCUUCAUUGGUCUGCCCGAGUCGCUGAGUGUCUAUUUCACAGUGUCUGACGGUGAACACACCACUCCUGAGUUGGACUUUGCCGUCCUGCUGCUGUCCAACCAUCAGCAGCCGCCGGUGUUCCAGAUCCUGGACCCGCUGCUGGAGGUCAGCCUGGGAGGAGAGGCCAACAUAG